GGUCUCACACAUUUUCACUUUGACUUGUCAAAAUGUUAUGCACCGUUCAGUGAGAUCACACCUCAUGAUCAAGUCAAACUGUACCGACCGGAUGCGAAAGAAGAUAAAUUCUGUAGUCUAUCAUAUCUAAAAAAUCAUAGAGCUGAGGACAAGAUGAAGUUGUUAUUGAAAAAUAUAGUACUUCUCUUCCUUUUUAAUAUCAUAUUGUUUCACAAAUCUCAAUGUGAAAUAACAACUGUUGAUCGUAUUAUAAGAGGUGCUAAAAUUACAAUCGAAGUUAGGGCAAAUGUUGCAACUUUACGUAUUUGUAGGAAUUCUGUAGAGGAUUCGUGCACACGUAAUGUUAUUCGUACUCAAUCCUCUGAUAUCCUAAGGGGCCCACUUCUUAUAGAAUUGAAUUGUGGUGUUGAUAAUAUAUGUCUUAAAAACGAAAAUGUUAUACACACGGUGAUUAAACUACCUGUGAAUAGUGAUGUCAUCACUGUGUCACGAAUUGUUAAAGAUCCUAAUGCAAAGCUUAUAGAUUGUUAUGAACUUGAAGAUAAUGUAGAAUGGUUUGGAGGACCGCAAUUACGUUAUCAGCACUGGCCUAUUCAACACAUGUAUUAUGAAGAAGAACCAUAUCUACCAACGCAUCCUGUAAAUAUGGCUGUAGCUGAACGUUACUGGCUCUCUGGCAAAGGAACAUAUAUCUAUGUGGAUAUGAAAGAUCCAUUGUUUCUUGAUCAAAACAACUAUAUGGACAAAUAUCUUUGUCUUGUAGCAAAAAAUAAAGGUCCUUAUAGGCAUAGAGAAUCUAUAACACUUAAUUAUGAAAUUGGUGUAUUUAAUAAUCCAAGAAUAGCACACGAGUAUGUAGUGAAGAAUCAUUUUGGUAAACCUACGGGUCGACCAAAUGAGAGAAUGGUUCAACAUCCAAUAUGGUCCACUUGGGCCAGAUAUAAAGUUAAUGUCAGUGAAAAUGUCAUUGACGAAUUUGCAAUUGAAAUCGUUAAAAAUGGCUUUAACAACAGUCAACUUGAAAUUGAUGACAAUUGGGAGACUUGUUAUGGUUCAGCUGAAUUUGAUAGAUCUAAAUUUCCUUUUAUUACUCGACUUACGCAAAAAUUAAAAUAUAGAGGUUUUAGAGUAACAUUAUGGAUACAUCCAUUCAUUAAUAAAGGUUGUGAACCAGCUUAUACCACUGCUCUAAAAAAUUCAUAUUUUGUUAAAAGUACCACAGGAGAAGUUGAUAUGCAAUGGUGGCAAGGUGCUGAAGCUGCAACAAUAGACUUUACAAAUCCAGAGGCUGUCAAAUGGUGGGUUGCAAGAUUAAAGAUCAUCGAAGACUAUGGUAUAGAUAGUUUCAAAUUUGAUGCUGGUGAAGUGUCGUGGCUACCUCAAAUACCAUCUUUAAAUGAUUCAUUGGAUAUGCAACCUGGAAUUUUCACAAAAGAUUAUGUUACUGCCCUUGCUAAAAAUUUUGAUGACAAUAUAGAAGUUCGCGUUGGAUGGAAAAGUCAAGAUCUUCCUAUAUUUGUUAGAAUGAUUGAUAAGGAUUCUACAUGGUCGUUUAAUAAUGGUUUACCUACUUUGAUUACAACACUUUUGCAAAUGAACUUGAAUGGAUACGUAUUUGUUCUUCCUGACAUGAUAGGUGGUAAUGGAUAUUUGAAUGGUUUACUAAAUGGCACUAUAUAUCCACCAAAAGAGUUGUUCAUUAGAUGGUUGCAAGCUAAUGUUUUUAUGCCAUCGUUACAAUAUUCUUUUGUACCAUGGGAUUUUGAUAAUGAAACUGUUGCAAUUUGUAAAAAGUAUACAGACUUACAUGCAUCGAUAACACCACUUAUCAUAGAUGCUAUGGAUGAAAGUGUUAAAACUGGUGCUCCUUUAAAUCCUCCUAUUUGGUGGGUUGAUCCAAUUGAUAAAACAGCUCAUAAAAUUAAUGACGAAUAUUUACUUGGAGAAAAAAUUUUAAUAGCACCAGUAAUAGAAGAAGGUGCUAUAUCACGAGACAUAUAUUUACCUAAAGGAUUAUGGAGAGAUGCAUCAAAUAAUAUCUCUUAUAUUGGCCCAGGAUGGAUACGAAAUUAUGAUGCACCUUUAGAUAAACUUCCUUACUUCUAUCGAGUUUGAUAGAUUUACACGAAAUUUAUUAAAAUAGCUAAGCCAAAUAACCUUGACAAUAUUAUUCACAAUAAUUACAUUUAUAAGUAUGUAAAAUAUAUAUUUAAAAUAAUCUAAAACAUGACUAAUG